CUGACGACGGGGGCCCCGCCCCCUGGAGACGGCAGCCGCGGAGCCGAGAUCCCCCCCGGCUCGCGGGCGGUGGGUCCGGGGAAGGGCCGGGCCCGGGUUUGGGUUCCCGGCGCCCUCCGCCAUGAAGCUGACUCGGAAGAUGGUCCUGUCCCGGGCCAAGGCCUCGGAGCUGCACAGCGUGCGGAAGCUCAACUGCUGGGGCAGCCGCCUCACAGAUGUCUCCAUCUGCCGGGAGAUGCCCAGCCUGGAGGUGAUCACCCUCAGUGUCAACAGCGUCUCCACCCUGGAGCCCGUGAGCCAGUGCCAGCAGCUGAGCGAGCUCUACCUGCGGAAGAACCGCAUCCCCAGCCUGGCGGAGCUUUUCUACCUGAAGGGCCUGCCGCGCCUGCGCGUGCUCUGGCUGGCGGAGAACCCUUGCUGCGGUCCCGACCCCCACCGCUACCGCAUGACCGUCCUGCGCAACCUGCCCCACCUGCAGAAGCUGGACAACCAGGCCGUGACCGAGGAGGAGCUGUCCCGUGCGCUGAUGGAGGGGGAGGAGGUCACGGCCCCCAGCGGACAGGGCACGGGGAACGGCGGCGGGCCUGCGCUGUCCUACGCCCUGAGCGCCACGGACACCACUGCUGAGACCCAGCAGGACACGCUGGGCUGUGGCCAGGAGGAGACGAGCAUCCAGAGCCAGCUCAGCCUGAAGCCGCCGUCCCGGGACCGGUUUCCUGCCUUCUCACAGAGGGAUGCCGCGAGCAGUCGCAAGAACAGGGCCCUCCGGAGACGUGCUCCUGAAGCCCUGCCGUGAGCACGAGCCUCUGGGCGAUUUCCCAGAAAUGCUCUCCAGCGCUCCCUCGAGCCCUGUCAGCAGCAGAAUUGUCGAAACAUGUUCAAUCUGCCAGACACUGAGGACUCCUGCUUCGGUGGAUGCUUCUCAGGGUCCUGGUACCCCGGUAAGAUUUACUCACAGGCUUCGUUGCCCAGAAAGCUUGCAGAAGGACCUGUAUUCUCCAGGGCUGAGAUAGUCUGCACACAGCGGCCCGGGAUGCAGGGAUGAUGGGACAGAAGGAUGCGUUUGUGGUCGCCUGCAUCCCAGAGCCUCCGGCAGCCAGCAGGCCCAGGGGCAGGGGGCCAGUUUGCCCCGUGGGCCACACCCUCCUCCACACAAGGGACGGUGGCUUCGGGGAGCUGCCCUCCAGGGCCGCCCCGUGCCUUGGGGUCAGCCGUCCUGGUGGAAAGCUGGCUCUGGGUUCAGCUGCUCCCCCUGCUUCCCAGCAGGCCAGCCUCGGCCCAGGGGUGCUGAAUAGGGGCUGGGGAGCCGUGGGGACAGGGCUGCUUCACAAGGCAGAUGGGAUUACUGCUCUGCUUUCUGGACCGUGUAGACACCUGCCCAGUGCCCCACUCUGCAGCAGACCCCACUGGCCGCUCCCAGGACCCUGCCGCAGCCACAGGCAGCCAAAGAGUAACGCUUGCUCCCUGGUUCACCACAUCCUGCGCCCCUUUCCGCAGCCACGCUCCCGAGGCCCGUCUUUGGCCUCACACGCCCACGCUGUUCUGGACACCACCUCAGCACACGCCUUCCUGCAAGUGAGGCCGGGGCUUGCUGUCUGUGGGGUUCUCAGGUGGCCCCAAGGUCCCAGAUCCCUGGCAUGCACACCCCAUAUGACCCCCAUGCCCAAGUAGGGGGUCUGUGAAUAUGAUGGAUGCCCUGCAUAUAUGGCCAAGGUGAAGGAGCUUCACAGAUGUGCUUGAGGUCCCUAACCGGCUGCCUGAGUCAGUCAGAAGGGAGAUUGGCCUGGGUGGGCUGGGCCUAACUGGGGAGCCCCUGCGGCCCUCCUUUACAGGUGCCCACCGAUCAGGGCUGAAGAGGGCGUGGGCCUUCUGUCCCUGAGCUCAGAGACUAGAAGCAGCAGAUGUCCACUGCCGCCCCCGGAAUUCAGCCACCAGGCAGCUUAGAAGGGCCUGAGGUCCAGGGGAGUCCGUGCCCGGCGGACACCUCAGUCAUGGCUGUUCAUGAGCCAAGGACCCACCUCGGCUGCGCCCACACGCCUGAGCUACUGUGAGGUCACAAAUGGGGGUGUUUGAACCCACCAUGUUUGUGGUGGAUCUCAGGAAACCAGCACGGUCUCCAUGUGGGGAGCCGAGUCCUGCGGGAGCUCCAGCCCACAGCAGAGCCCCUGCCCACCCCCAGCAGGCCCCUCCAGGCAUGGCCCGCCGCCUGCCGGCCCCGCCCGCCCCCCUCUCCGCGCAGCAGGGACCCGCCGAGGGCUCUCUCCCAACCACAUUGUGCGUGUCCGGGUCCACAGGCGGCUCAUCGAGGCCUUGGCUCUGUGCUCUUGGGCCGGUGGCUCCCGAGCAGACUCCACACAGCGUCCGUACACAGCGUGGGACACAGAAGCCUCCGGCAUUUGUCCACAGCCUCCCUGGGUUGUGAUCAGAGGCCCACACACACGCCGGGAACGCAGAAGCCACUUGCAGGGGUCCCGCGCCCGCCAGAGCGGCCCUGCCCUGGGCUGGGGCCUCCCACGGUGGUGAGCCCCUGACCCUCAGGCGCGGUAGAGAGCACGCUUGUCAGCGCCCUGUGGCCAGGCGACUGGUGCCACCCCCACCCUGCUGGACACCCCACAUGCUAUGUCCUCGAGGAUGAGCUGGAGGGCAGAGCCCACUGGGCCUGGGGUUCAGGGCCUGCGUCCCAGCCUGGGAUGGCCCCAGGACAGCCAAGCCUUGGGGGCUUCCUCCAGGACGAGCCCCGCUUUGCUUGGGGAGCCAGGGCCUGGCUUCAGGGAGGGGGUGUUGGGACAGCAGGGGCCGGGCCCGGACGCCUCGGCCUUCCGCCGCAGGCCCCGGCCGGUGCGUGCCCCGCCUCCCAGGCUGUGGCAUGGCGGCCGUGGCAGGCGGGGGAGGCCGUGCUCCAGGAGGCAGAGGCCAUCUCCAGAUGCCGCACGCUCAGGCAAAACCAGUAAGAACGUCCCGCAGUUAGGCUCCCGAGGCUCCCCGGCUCCCUUCCCCAGGCCAGGCCCUGGGUGCCCUGGGAGGCCUGACCGGCACUGCGGGGGGCUGGGGGGCUGGCGAGGGAGGGGUCAGCACGGAGCAGGGCCUGGGCCAGCCUGGCAUCUGGGCUGAGUGCGGCUGCGUGCUCGACAGAUGGACACGUGGCUGUACACUGGAGGCUGUUUCUGCCACAGCCAGGGUCCUCCCAGGGAGUCCCCACCUCUGAGCCGCAGCCUCCCCACUGACACGCGUAAGCACACACGUGUACUCACCUGUACACACGUAUGCACUCACGCACACACUCAUGUCUGCACUCAGGCAUGCACACAUAUGCACGCAUGCACUCAUACACACGUAUGAACUCAGGCAUGCACACAUAUGCACUCAUGCACGCACUCAUAACAUGUCUGCACUCAGGCAUGCACACGUAUGCAUGCACGCAAGCACACUCAUAACAUGUCUGCACUCAGGCAUGCACACGUAUGCACGCACUCAUAGUAUGCACUCAGGCAUGCACACGUAUGCACUCACACUCAUACACACAUAUGCACUCACGCACACACGUAUGCACUCACGCAUGCACACGUAUGCACUCACGCAUGCUCAGGCAUGCACAAUGCACUCACGCACACAUACACACAUGCACUCAUGCUCAUACACAUGCACGCAUGCACUCAUGAACACAUGCGAUCAGGCAUGCACACAUGCACUCAUUCACAUAUGUGCACACGUAUGCACUCACAUGCACACUCAGGUUUCUGGGACCCAGGAACUAGUCCCUGGUCUCUCAAGGUUCAGACACUUGGGACCCUCUCCUUGGGGAACUGUCCCCUCCUCGGCCUGCCCCAGGAGCACCCACACUCGUGGCAGGCAGAGUAGACCAGAGGGACCCCAGCUCCAGAAAGCCCUCAGGCUCGGGGCCCAUACGGUGAGGAGGGUGGGGUCCCCUGGCCUGGCCCCCACCAUGCCGGCUGCUUCCUUGGAGUGACCAAGGCACCCUGCCAAGGUCUUGGGGACGUGAAGGCAGCUGGGAGGACAGAGGGCCCCAGCCUGGUCCCUAGGCCCAACCAGGAGAUACCCUGCCAGGAGCCCCUGAUGCGGCCUGUGAGCCCCCAAGGCCAGGGGCUCCCCACAAAACCUCAUGGGUCCCAGACCCUUCCCCUGAGCCUCUGCAGGUGCCAAGGGCAGGAGUGCAGGCCAGGAGCAGCCCUGGACUGAGUGUCCAGGUAACGGCGGUGGGAACAGAAGUGGAUCGUGCGGCGAGCUCAGGAGGGACGGAGGUCCCCGAGAGUGCAGAUGGUGUUAGGUCCAGCUCGUCCUCCCGGGGACCCUGGUGCCGGCACCACACUGCAGAGCAAGGCUCCAUGCCGCCCCCAGAGCUCGUGGUGCAUUGGCCCUUGGCUCCCAGUGGUGACGGCAUUUCUGACGGCCUCCCCCCGUCGCCCACCCCCGACCAGGGUCCCCCUGUGGUGCUUGCUCACAUCAGCCACUUGCCCCAAAUCUUUGGCUGUUUCUGAGACCCCAGUCCAGGCAGUGUAGGGAACGUUCCAGGUCAGACCCAGGGCCUGGAACCAGGCUCAGAAGCCCUCCCAAGACUGGGGGAGGGCAGGCCCGUGUGUGCAAGCCAGGGGCUCCCACCAGGCGCCCACCCUCCUAGGAGGUUGCCCAGGGCCUGCUGUCCAGAGACUGGCCACACUCCACAGUCGGGGUGAUUUUAUUUCUAGAAAAGGUGGCAAGCUCCACGCUGCACGGUGGCCAGUGCGCACAGAAGCAGGCGUGGCGAGGCCCACAGGGAACAGCGUCCCCACACAGGUGCCCCCACGGCCCCCGGAUCAGAAGGUGGGUGUCCGGGCGGCUCCGUGUUGUAGGAGAGCCCAGCGGGCGGCGUGGGUGCAGCCAGGGCCGCGAGCGCCCCGGAGCCAGACCGAGAGGGCCGCAGCCCUGCCUGCCCCCGCCGGCCCGCCCGCAGACUCCGGGGAGGGAGUGGGGGGGCCGGGAGAG